CCACAAACUCAUCCACACCCUCACCCACCCAACACCCACCCAACACCCACUCCCCAUCCUCAACAAGCACAAUGGCCAGAGGACAAGCCCAAGGACCCCCUGCCCGCAGCCCGUACGUGGGGAUGACGUUCGUCCGGGCACUCCAUGCCUUCAUUGGAGCCAACAAGGACGACCCCACCAUCAAGGACAUGUUAGUCCUUUCCGGUCCGCCGAAUGUGGACAUCUUCGUCCCGGCCGACUGCAAGGAGUGGCGCUGGAAGGCUAUCUACAAUGAGGUGAACGGAAUCCGUCUGGCCACCGGUUUCCAAGGCCGUUAUUUUUGGAAACGCGUCUUGCCGUCCAAUGGCAGCACGUUGGGCCUGAGCGGUUUGGGCCGCAUGAGGAUUGACGACCCUCAUGCCGGCCCUUCCGCCCUCCCCCGUGCUCCUGCUGUGCCGGCGAAGACGAAGGCGAAGGAAGUGAAGAAGGAGACCGAAGUGAAGGAGGGGCCGCCUGAACCCAGCAGCAGCAGCAGCACGAAGCGCCUGGCCUCCCGUCCCGCCUCGCCCCAGCAACGUCGCCCUCCCCAACCACAAGGACCCCGCUCCCGCACCCGCACCGCCUCCCCUGACCGCCCUGGCGGUACCUUGUUCAACUUCCGCCCCAACCCCAAUUCCCCGUGGCAGACGAAGAUGUGGCACCACGGCGACAGUUUGGCUCGGCGAGAGGAGACAUGCUGCCACUGGACCCCUCGCAAGCGAUCCACCCGCUCUCGUCGACCACCCCCACGGCCGUCGCCCGAGGUCAAAGAGGAAAAACGAAAAGAAGAAGAAGACGAAGAAGACAAGCUUGUCGUGGUGAAGAAGGAAAAGGAAUGAGGAGGAGGUCAAGGACGCUGAAAGGGUUCAUUCCUCUAGCGUUUACACUUCCUACCGCGGCCUAUUGAGAUCAUCCGCUUACAUCCCAGCUUCAUCCGCACUACGUCAUUCAAGUUCAAACGGCUACUGUUGAGCUUCACACCUUCGCAUCCUUUUUCAAACGCGUGCAGCUU